GGGUGACAUAUAGUGACGAUGGUGACGGUAGUUCGCCGGUGGUCAGCAGCCACAUCUUUGAGUGACGACUAGGGUUCCGAAGAACGAACCGGGUGAUGUGAUGGGGUAACGACUUCAGUCAAGGUAAGGUAACGGAGGAUCGAAGGUGGUAUACGAAGUGUCAUCCGCAUUUUCUGCCUGCUCUUCUCCUCUACUCCUCCGGCAAGGGACUCCUUAUCACUUUUCGAGGUGCGGUUGCUCUAUUCCCUGCUAUUUCUCUCAACUGGUAUGUUUUUUUUCUUUUGUCUUUAUCUGAUUUAGAGCUUCAUACGUCUUUAAUAAUUGGAUGGUUAUAAAAAAGUUUCAUGCAAAUAUAUGUAUUGAAUAUGGUUAUAUGCAAUUCCUUUAACUGUUUUAUGUAUUUUGGAAUGUUACUUUGAUGAGCAAUUACGGACCAUCUGAAAGAUAAAGAAAGGGUUCCGGCCACGAUUCUGACCGGAUGUCGCUUAUAUGGAGAUAGUCGUGCACGAUUAGUUGGUUUGUUUAUUUAAAUACUCAUAUACAUCUCGCCUCUGAUUGGGUUCAGAUCUUUUUUAUUCGUGUCAUAGGUCUGAUUGCAAGGGUUUUUUCUUUUCGCAUUCUGAUUUGGUUCAGGUACGUUUUUAUUUCCAGUUUGUUUAGUCGCAUUAUUUUGAGUUUUGAUAUAGAAAGAGUUCGUGGAAAUAAUAACAUAUUCGGUGGUGUUACAAAUGGAUAUUUUGCUUUCACUAAGGAACACCAGUAACCGUGUGGAUACAGGUGCAUUGCCUCCAUUUCAGUUCAGCUAUUUGAGAAAUAGGAAAUCAUUAUCUGAGUUUUGGCGGGAUUGUCCUAUUCUGGCUGAUAAUUCAAAGGAGCAUAAUUGCAUGCCUUAUGAACAUUAUACCGCAACAUUACUUGCACAAAAAGGCCUUGAAGGAGAACCCACAAAUAGGAGUUUAACUCACACUUCAUGGGUAUCUCAUCAAGCAAAGGUCGUGAAAGGCAAGGAUGGCAUCCUAUGACGGCCAAAUCUACAAAUUUGUUGUUGCUACUCCCAUUAUUCAUUCAAUGGUCUCAUUCACACUUGAUCACAAUAAGGUGGUUCAUGACGAGUGCCCACCUACCGAAUAAAAGAAGCAAGUUAGUACACAGAGUCUUCCCUCGCCCAAUUAACCUGCUUUGCUUCGCUCGCUUCCAUUUUGUUUCUAUACUUUAUUGGUCUUAUAAUACCUUUUGUUUAUAUUCAUGGUAGUUGUUGAUAUUUUUACUUAGCGUUAAAGUUUAUGUAUAAGAAAUCUAUGAUGUUAAUAAUGGCAGACUGGUUGUAAUCUA